GUGCAGGGUUUCGCAGAUCCUGGCGCGGUUUUUUCGAUGACACGAAGCCUCCCAUCAUCAGAUUGGGCAAGGAUGACGCGUCCUCAGCAGUAAUCCUCCUCCACGGCUUGGGAGACACGGCGCAUGGUUGGGCAGGGGGGGCCUCCGUCCUGCUGAACAUGCUUCCCAACACGCGCUUCGUCCUGCCAACUGCCCCAGUGCAACCAGUGACGCUGAACGGGGGCUUACCCAUGCCAAGCUGGUACGACAUCGCAGGCUUGGAGGACAGGGCGGAUGAGAAUUGUGAAGGGCUGGAAGAGAGCUGCGCCACUGUGGAAGCUUUGAUCCAGGAACAAAAGUCUCAUGGCAUUCCUCUAGAGAAGAUCGUGGUGGCUGGCUUCUCGCAGGGGGGCGCGUUGUCCCUCUACACCGGACUUUCCCGCACGUACCGCUUGGGUGGGUUGGUUUGCAUGUCUGGCUACCUGCCCUUUGCACGCACUUUCACGCCCUCUCCAGAAGCCA